AUGAAUAAUUUUAUGUACACGGAUCCUGAGCUGCAGGUUCUGACAGAAAGGUGUCGGAAAUACCAAGGGACGGCCAAGAUUAACAUCAAUCAGAUUACUUCCCAUCCAUCAGUCUCGCGACAUAUAAGUGAGAAGAAUGUGGGAAGACUUUGUGAAAUAUUUGACAAGGAAGGUUGUCGAAGGCUUGAUGUCCACAACCACGUGAGUGCUGUUGUGUCAAUCCAGCAUCUCCACGAGGCUCUUCAAGCAGCAGGGAUAAACACCGCCGACUUGCUGACCGAUCAACCGAGUCGCUUCCCACAUCUCCAUUUCUCCGCUGGUGCCAUAAAGUGUCUUCAUGGCCAACACCGAUUGAAGGCUGGAGAACUGUUUCUACCAUCGAUCGAUCAGUGGUGGACUGUUGACCUGUAUCUGGAUGACAUUAGUCCGAAUCUUCAAACUAGCCUCGUUGACGAAUAUUCGAACGAGAGGGUUCCGAGCGAUGGCGAAAUUUACGUCAAAGUCCGCCAAUAUCGGAAUCAAGCAAACGCACACUUCGAGAAUCGAUGGUUGGCGCGGCUCUCAGACAACAAAACAAGGCGGCUUCGCGGACUGGAGUCUCAUCCAAGUGUUCGAGCUGCUUUUGACUCGUUACUCGCACUGCCAUCGUUGCUGAUACACGGAAUGCAAAUUGGGUCUCUUCCUCAUGCGUUGGCUAUUUGCUGUGACGAGGAGAUGGUUCACGCGUUAAAUCAGUUACUGCAAUUCUGGUCUACACUCGUGGGGCACGAUCGUGCUAAAAUGCUUAGAAUUGACACUCAUACCGUGGACACAUUGCAACUCCUGGCGCCUGGAGUCUCCUCGAAGGAUAGAACCACCGUGAAAGGCAUUGUACAUAGUGGUGAAGUCUUUUCAAAUUUCACAGACUCAGAACGGUCAUCGAUUUGGAAACGAUUGAAAAAGACAGAUCGAAUCAUUCCAUCUCUGUAUACAUUUUUCAAAGAUCUCUGGUAUCUGGAGUCAUGCGCAAACUGCAUGAAACGACUUAUCACACCUUCCAGAUCUUUCCCGACGAUCAGAGGCGCUAUACGUGCGGCUUAUUCGACCCACAAUCCUACCCAUGAGCAGUUCUUGAUACAAACAUCCGAAACUGGGUUUCGAUAUUAUUCGCAUUCACAGGGAGACCCUGCAGAACUUGGUUAUCGGCAGCUCUGGCUUUAUGCGAUGCGUCAUUACCCCAAUUUGUCCAAAGUGCCACAGAAGAAAGACCCUACAGCGAAGGCAAAUCGUGAGGCGGUAGAGCCUAUGGUACUGUACGACAUGGCUAUACUCGCAAAGAGGCUCGGCUUUCAAUCGCCACAAAUCGAGCAGCUCAUCCAGCAGUCGCCAGAUCGGAAAAUCGCGCAAGAGGCUCUUUUGAGAGCCCGUCGACCAGAUCGUUAUCGGUAUAAUGAGAGAGAAGUAGAAACCCUAAUCAACAAAGUGACUGAGUGCUUCUUGAGGGCUAUCCCACUUGACCAUCCGCUUCCAGGGCACAGCGUUGGUGGAAGAGAAACCAAAAAAGAAUCUCGGUGUGGACAUCCGCAAAUCCAAGCACAAUUGCAAGACUGUCCGUUUCUUUUCAUCGACCAACUCCAUGGCGAUUCCUUCCAAAGGGAACGGAAGGCUACCUCCACUUUGGUGAGGAGAAGUGUCUAUUUUACCUUCUUUAGCCAACUGUCAAUGCCCAGUGUGAAUGGGAAUCUUACAGGUGUAUCUCCAAAUCCUGACGUGCCGAUGUCUCCACUCUUUGUCCCGAGCGAUCGAUCGCCGCAAGAUGAAGGGAUAGAUGAUAUAGAGGCAGAGAGCUCAGGAGCCGAACAGGAAAGCAGCUUGGAACGGCAGCGCGUGAAAAUUGCACGCCGAGAGCAACGUCGGCAGAAACGAGUGGAGAAACGAGCUAAGAAGUUACGGAGGCGACAGCAACGAGAGCAACGAAAGCACCAAUCCUCACGUGCCAGCCGUUAUUCAACAUCUUCUUCCAGAAACUUUCCUGAAAGCGAAAAUGGGCAUUUUGAUUCGGAAGAAAGCGGUAUAAACGAGACAUUGGAACCGAUAGCCGAGACCGAAUCAGGGACAUUCGGAAAUCGGGAGAUAAUAGGUGAAAAUGAAGAAUCAGAAAAUCACGCCGAGUUAGCAUUUGAGGGCGAGCAGCCGCAAGGAAGGAGUGAAGAGAGUAUUUGGGAAGAUGCCAGUUUGGAAGAGAAUACAAGCGAACAAGAUGACGAGGCGACAGAAACAGCGGCGCAACAUUCUCCAGCUGCGGAAGUUCAAAGAGCGCUGAACAUUUUAGAGGGACAUGGGCCUUCGAAUAUUAUAUCGGGUCCCUCUAGGGUUUUGGGCAGAAAAAGCACGGCAUUACGAGAGAAGGCCAAGUUCAAACCAUACGACCAGACACAGCGGCGCCAAAGAACCCGAAAACCGGCCAUCUCGCCCCAGGAGACUCUGGAGCAGGAUAUAAAUGCACUGUUGCAUCCGGCUGCCCGGGAACAGAGACAUAUUACUCAGAUUAAUUUCCUCGAGGCACAGCAUCGUUCUCCGUCGGCAACGAAUGAAGAACAAAGCUCACGACCCAUUGCCAGUCCAACUGGCCAGACUCAAGACGGCCAGCAAAUGCUAGAAGAGACAGUAGGCUCAGUCGAGUUUGACCCACAGCCAGAAUUGCCGAGCUCUACCGAUCAGCACCCCUCAUUGUCAUCACCACCACCACCACCACCAGAAGAAUUCUCCACGCAGACUGACACGCGCUCACAAAAGGAAAAAGCCGGCGCAGAAAGACCGUUUGAGGAAGAAGAUAAGUCUUCGGGACGAGGCGAAGGAGCAAACGACACGACCACGCGCUCUGCGGUAACAAUCACGUUCCGUGCACGUGAUGAAAACGGUGAGUGGAAUCGCUUAGUUCACGAAGUAGUGGUUGACCCAUCGGACUCGUCUCCGGUGGAGCGAAUGGCAGCCAAGCAGGCGCGAGCACACCAGGCAACCUAUUACGACCGGAAUUUACGGCAGGUACCCCCUGGGCAGUGCUUCGAUGCGGCAAUUGAGGAUGGCACGAACACGAUUUUUAUGACAUUCGGCGACGAUAUGGCUGUAAGUGAGGAGACGGUGGAUUCAAUUACACGGGCACUCCAAGUGGGCGAUGGCGAUGAUCAGCCGUCGAAACGCAAGCAACGGACUUGA